AUCUGAUUCAAUGAGGAGUCAGUCCCCUUCUGUUUCCAAUCUCGCCAAUAUUUCAGACACCAACGUUAAAAAGGGGUUGAGAACCCAUUGAUUCACUUAAGCUCGACUUAAAUCUCGUGGUCGGGGUUCCCCAUUGAAUCUUUUUCAGGUGGGCAACCGGAAAUAGAUGGCGGGGCAUAAUGGCUUAUGUUAAUGCGACUUUUUUGUAAAUUAUUUUAUGCCUCGACCCAGUUUUGAAUCUGGAACCGGAUUGCAAUAUUUCGAGAGGAGGGGUAUUGAUAGGAUAAGUCACCAUGUCGGUGGAGGCUGAUUGAGGCUGUCAUCUAUCAAUGCCUGGAAAUGAAUGGAGGGGUUGAAAUCUAACGUGGGGUGAUUCGGGGUUGUGGAAAUUGUUGUAAGGAUUUUGGUUGAUGUUGGUUAGAUUCAUGGGGAUUUGUUUCAGUGAACACAGGAACGAGUCCAAGUUUACUCAGAAGACCCAACAAGUAGGAUAUGACUCUUCGGUAUCUCAACCUAACUUGGAUGAAACACCACGCGGUACUCCUUUGGUUACAAGGAAUAUCAAAGACCUCCGCCAAAAUCCUGGAUACAUCAAUGUCAACAUCUUUACCCACAGCGAGAUGAGGUUGGCCACAAAAAAUUUUAGGCCAGAUCUGAUUCUUGGUGAAGGUGGAUUUGGAAUUGUAUACAAAGGCGUCAUUGAUGACACUGUGAGGCCAGGUUACACAGCCACACAAGUUGCCAUUAAGGAGCUUAAUCCAGAAGGGUACCAAGGGGAUAGGGAAUGGCUGGCUGAAGUUAACUACUUAGGACAGUUCAGUCAUCCUAAUCUUGUGAGGCUAAUUGGGUAUUGUUGUGAGGAUGAACACCGCCAUUUGGUCUAUGAAUACAUGGCAAGUGGCAGCUUGGAAAAACAUCUUUUCCGCAGAGUGGGUCGUACGCUUACAUGGACAAGAAGAAUGAAGAUCGCCUUGGAUGCUGCAAAAGGACUUGCUUUUCUUCAUGAUGCUGAAAGGCCAAUCAUUUACCGUGACUUUAAGACAUCAAACAUUCUGUUGGAUGCGGAUUUUAAUGCGAAGCUUUCAGAUUUUGGCCUAGCAAAAGAAGGACCGAUGGGAGACCAAACCCACGUUUCAACACGAGUGAUGGGGACAUACGGAUAUGCCGCUCCUGAGUAUGUAAUGACUGGGCACUUAACGGCCCGAAGUGAUGUUUAUGGAUUUGGAGUAGUGCUACUCGAGAUGCUCAUUGGAAGGAGAGCAAUGGAUAAGAGCAGGCCCAGCCGAGAACAUAAUCUAGUUGAAUGGGCUCGACCACUCUUAAAUCAUAAUAAGAAACUUUUGAGGAUUGUUGACACUCGACUGGAAGGGCAGUACUCAAUUAAAACUGCAUUGAAGGUGGCACAUCUAGCAUAUCAAUGCCUUAGCCAGAACCCGAAAGGGAGACCUGUUAUGAGCCAGGUUGUUGAGAUCCUGGAGAGUCUUCAAACACCAGAACUCCAUGACCCCUUGCUUCAAAGAGGAGAUAGAGUUGUAACUCUUUAUGAGGCUCCAAAGGGAACCUCUGGAACUCAUGCUAAGAGGGAUAUAAAUGGGAAAGAUGGUGAAGUUAGGAGAGGGAGCAACCAGAGAAAUGAAAGGAGACACAGUGAGGCUACGAGUGAUCAUGAUCCUUAAAGCCCACCUCCAAGUUUUGUGUCUCAGAUAAGUAAAGUUAUGCAAGAAGUUAAACCUUUAACCAGAAAAUGGGUGGAGGUUGAAACUGUACAAGAUAUAUAUCAACCCGUCUACCCAUUAGGUGUUUUGUAAGAUUCUUGCCCGUUUUGCAAAAUUUGAACUGAUUACUUUGUAAUUCGUUCUGUAAUAUUCUAUUUUAUGAUAUUCGAUUGUAGCAUAGAUUCAGAGAAAGCCUCUGAUGGUAUUUUGUAAAACAAUGGUUAGAUUUUGAUCAUUUGAUGUACCAAAGCUUGUUUUCUUGGA